CACGAGUUCCAAGAAACCAACCCAAGGCAAAAUUACGAUACCAUUUCAAGAAAGCUCAGCGAUACAUUCAGAAUCUACGAAAUUAAUAUUAGCGCAGGCAAGGGGGGAUCCUGUUUUCAGGGAUCAUCAUGAAAAUCAGAUUUGGAUGUUGGUCGGCCUUGCUCUCGUUGGAUUCAGGCACAACUCUCAUUGCUGGUCUUGUCAUUUGUACGAGGAAGCUGAGCUGGUGCAAAUCUACUUCACAAUAUCCUUAUUUAGGAGGUGAAACUGCUAUUGCUGGAAAUAACAUUGAAGUGGAACCUGACGGACAGCCCAUAGGCGAGAUGUGUGGUUCCAAUGAUGAUGCUGACAUUUACGACGAAAUUCGCAACUCAUUCCAAUAUAACUGCAGCAACUCAUGGGUAGACUCAUGUCCUUCUCCGUGUUGUGGAAACGGAACCAUCAUCAGUGAUAGCAAAACUCGAAUGUCGCAAAACAUUUACAGUAAAUAUGAGGAUGAGGGUCAGUACAGCACCCUUCGGUUAAAGAAAAGACAAAGUGCUGAUUCAAACAUGGAUGGAUGGCCAAGGCGUGAAGGAGCAUGCAGUUCACAGGAAGAGUACACACCAGUGAAAUCAUCUGGUAUCAUAGGUGACCCAGCGAAAAAAAAAAAGAAAGGGAAGAUUCAAAAUCGUGAACAGAAUAUCUGGAGCCGAUUUUACCUGGCGCAGACAAAACAAGAAAUCCACUUGCAGUCUUACUGGCUUUACUUCUGAAGAUGGACUUGUAGAGUUGAACAAGGGUGCUGCAAAUGAAGAAUAUUCAAUGACGACAGGAUGCUCUGGAACAACAAUCAACAAAGAGGAGAGACCACACAGUCUGGUCAACAUGUGUGAUAUAAAUGAUGAAUGCUGAAAUAUAAAAUCAAAGUUUCCACCUGACUGAUUCUGUGGAGGAAACAACUAAGCUUGCAAGAGAACAUCCAUUUUUUGUUUGUUUAUGUUUUUCAACCCAUGUAUAAUAAUAAAGAUAUUCCAAAAU